AUGAUAAGUUUCGACAUAACAUCGCUAUUCACAAAUGUUCCUGUAGAUGAAACGAUAUCUAUAAUUACCAACAUACUUAAGGACACUGAUUUACCUACUGGAUACAUCGCGUGUGUUAAUCAUUGUCUCACCACAGGUUACUUCCUGUGGAGAGGGGAAUACUACCUGCAGGUGAACGGAGUGGCUAUGGGGUCGCCACUGGCGCCGGUGGUGGCUAACAUCUACAUGGAGUGGUUUGAGGGUCAGGCCUUGGCAUCCGCCCCGGUACGACCGCGACAUUGGUGGAGGUAUGUUGAUGACGUGUUCGCGAUCGUCAACCGGGAACAUGUGGCUGAAUUUGUGGGACACUUGAACUCGGUGCACGGCAGUAUACAAUUCACCACUGAAGAAGAGAGAGAAGGGAUGUUGCCGUUCUUGGAUGUCCUCGUAAGACGAGAAGAAAAUGGUCGAUUGUCACACACAGUGUAUCAAUCCAAAUUAGGUGAAGGUGAUAUAAGUGAAGCUGCCAGGCUUUUAUUCAGUAGUGACGUGGUUACUCCCUACUCUUCAGAAACUUUUGGAGCUCUGAAGAAAAACUUCAAGUGGCGCAAGUAUAACAACCUCGCUGGUAGUUAUAUCUUUGAGCCAUUUGGGGUUGAGUUGCUAGGGCCGUGGGGUCCGAGUGCGCUUAAAUUAUGCAAAAACAUUUUGAAACACAUGGUCAUCUCGUGA